AUGAGCAAGCAUCACUUUGGGGGAGGAAUUCAAACCGCUACACCACCACCGCACCCCCGGCCGCAAUCCCCACGCCCCCCAAGAUCUCCAGCGCCUGCAUCCCCCGGACAUGAUUCUCAGGGCUUGAAGAGUCCCAUCUCUGCUUCUAACCUCUCUGCUAGUCUGGCUGCCGCCGCAGCUGCGUAUACCUGUAAACAGCAGCAACAGCAGCAGCAGGCACAACGGCAGCCAUCUCAGCAACCACAGUAUGGACAUGCUCCGCAAUCUGCUAACGUGGUGCCGGGAGGCUAUUCAGUGACUUCGCCAACCCGCGAUAGAUACUCUUCCCGAGGCUCCCCACAUGCCGCACCGAAAGCGUAUGGGGGCAAUGGCUCUUCUCACACCUAUCGGUCUAACAACGACUACUUUGGGCAGAAAUUUACCACAAACCCGCACGCACCUCACCCCUACUCGCUCGCAUCCGCCCAACCAUACUCUACCCCAUCCCCCUUACUCAAGGCGUACUCAACCCCAGUCAGCAUGCCAGUGCAGAUACCCACUGGCGGAACCCACUCCCAGCGCGACCUCCUCUCUUCCAGCACAUCCACCCCUUCCUCCGACGAAUACACGGGAUCUGCGACCGAAAUGGACAAACUCAGCAGAGCGUUCAGCUGUAACGCCCGGAUGCGGGAUGAGCAGAUUGGCAUCAAGCGGCCACGGCACAGUCUCUCGGUCAACAUCGUCCGGCGGCGAGGCAACUCCCUCGACAGCUCGCCCGUCACCAGCGGAUCCUACUCAUCCUUGAACCAAUCCCCCGCCGUCUCCUUCCUGGCCGGUCUUGCAGACAGCUCGGUUCGUCGCGAGGCACCGCCGGGCGACUACACCGAAGGCGACCAAGUCGGCGACUUUAUCCUCGGCCACCAGAUCGGCACGGGCGCCUUCUCCCGCGUCUACGAAGCCGACGUGAUCGACGGCCCGCACAAAAUGCUCGGUAAAGUCGCCGUCAAGAUCGUCAUCAAAGACCCCGCCCACAUCGAAGCCGAACAGGACCUCCAACGCCUCAUCAACCACGAAACAACCAUCUGGGCACGGUUACGGCACCCCCACAUCCUCGAGAUGCUGGAACUCAUGGACGCCGACGACGCCGUGUUUGUCGUAUCCGAACUCGCAGGCGCGGGGAAUCUGCUCGACAUGAUCAAACGCCACGGCCGCUUACCCGAACACUACGCGUGCAAGAUCUUUGGCCAGGUCGCGUCUGCGCUCAGAUACCUCCACGAAGAGAUCCAGGUCGUGCACCGCGACGUCAAAUGCGAGAAUAUCCUCCUGGACGACGAAGGAAACGCCAAGCUGGCCGAUUUCGGACUCUCGGCGGAAAUGACACCUGAACAUCGCGGCGGCGACCCCCUCCACGGCGGGCCCCCCACCACCACAACCAAUAAACCCAACGAACCAGUCUACCUUAUGGGCUCCCUGCACUACUGCUCCCCCGAAGAGCUCCGCCAAACCACCCUCUGCUCCCCCGCCGCCGACAUGUGGUCCCUCGGCUGCGUGCUCUACGCCAUGCUCACGGGGACACUACCCUUCAACGACGGGUUUGCGCCCCGCUUGCAGAUGAUGAUCAUGAACGGAAAGUGGGAUGAAGCCAAGUUGGACAAAGUCGGCGUCAGCGAGGCCGGGAAGAGCGUCGUCAGGGGCCUGUUGAGGGUCAAGGUGGCCGAGAGGUGGGGGAUGGGUGAGUUGUGGAAGAGUGAGUGGCUCAUGGCGCCGUCCGAGUGA